AUGCCCGAUAAUAAGGGAAAGAAGGUUGCUUUGGUUACUUCUUCUUCUACUGGAAAGUCCAAGAAGAAGAAGGGCGAUAAAAAAAAGAAACCUUUUGUCCUUUGUCCAUCUAACAAGAUUGGCAAGAACCAAUCCAAGAAGAAGAAAACUAAAGAUGUUCUAGAAAAGGGAAAGUGUUUCCACUGUCAGAAAGAAGGCCACUGGAAGAGAAAUUGCCCUAAGUAUUUAGUAGCUCUAAAAGAUAAGAAGGAUAAACCUUUUGACGCUUGGGUUUUAGAUAGUGGUGCAAGUUCUCACAUAUGCUUUGAUGUUCAAAAACUGGCAAGCAAUGAGUGGUUGGACUCACAUGAUGCUAGACUCAGACUUGGCAAUGGAGCAACUGUUACAGCCUUAGCCAUUGGGUCUAAAUAUUUGCAUCUAAAUGGACACAUUUUGUAUCUUGAUCAUGUGUUAGUUGUGAUAAGCAGAGAUGCUAUCUUUCUUAAAAAAGGGUUUAUUCAAGAAGGUGGUAAAAGAAAGCAGAUAGAAUUGGAAUUAGAGAAUUUUGAUCAACCAACAGACCAAAUGGAUAUAGAUCCAUCCAGUCAGCCUUAG